UAUACUGCCGUGAAGAACUUGGAGGGGAGUUCAGCAGAACGGGGGAGAGUCUGCCUGCCAAGGUCACAGCAGAACCAAAUGGCACCCUGCUCCUUGCAAACAGCACCUCUGGAGACCUGGCCGCAGCACACAGGCUGGCAGCUCGCCUCUACCAUCUGGACGGGUUCAAGAAGUCUCAGGUGGCUGCUUUUCUCCAGAAGAACAAUACCUUCAGUCAGAUGGUAGCUGAGGCCUACCUUUCCUUCUUCCACUUCUCUGCGCAAACUCUGGAUCAAGCCCUAAGGUCUUUCCUGAAGUCCUUUGUGCUCACUGGGGAGACUCAGGAGCGGGAGCGGAUCCUGAUGCAUUUCUCUCGGCGCUACCACUGCUGCAAUCCUGAGGCCUCUCUUAGUCCAGAUGCUGUGCAUACACUCACCUGUGCCAUGAUGCUCCUCAAUACCGACUUGCAUGGGCAGAAUAUUGGCCGAAGCAUGAGCUGUCAGGACUUCGUUGUGAAUCUCACAGGCUUAAAUGAUGGCAAGGACUUCCCCAAAGAACUGCUAAAGGCAUUAUAUAACUCCAUCCGUCAUGAGAAACUGGAAUGGGCUACGGAUGAGGAAGAGACAAUUGAUGCAAAGAUACCCCUGAGUCCUGCAAACACCCAAAGGAAAACCAACCCUUUUCUGACUGUGUGGCAGGACCCCGGGGCAAAAAUAUACCGGCAGGGUCUCCUUGCUCGAAAGGUCCACGCAGAGGCGGAUGGCAAGAAAACUCCCUGGGGCAAGCGAGGCUGGAAGACCUUCCAUGCUGUGCUGAAGGGGACAGUGCUGUACUUCCUCAAGGAUGAGCAGCAUUUGGAGGUGUCAGGCUCAGAAGAACUCAUUGGAAUACCUCAUGCCCUGGCAGAGAAAGCCUGCAAAUACACCAAGCGGCCACAUGUCUUCCGGCUCCAGACUGCAGAUGGGCACGUCUUCCUCUUCCAAGCCCCAACUUCUGAAGAAAUGAUUUCAUGGAUUUCUCGCAUCAACCUUGUGGCAGCCAUGUUCUCUGCCCCACCCUUCCCUGCAGCAGUGGGCUCCCAAAAGAAAUUUAUAAGACCUAUUUUGCCAACUACUCCCUGCAAGAAUUGCAUAGAAGACCAGCACCUGGUCCACGAAGCCUGUAUGGACAGGACGUCCCACGAACUGCUGGAGCUCCAGCGGAAUCUGCCAGAGAAGCGUGGCCGUGGGAGGGAUCUGGAGGAGUACCAGCUCAGAAAGGAGUACUUGCUCUUUGAGAAACGCCGCUAUGAGACAUACGUGAAGCUCCUGGAGGUGAAACUUGGCUGCAGCACAGAUGAUCUGGACCAGUGGGAAGCCCGGCUGACAGCAGUGGUUGAGAACUGCCCCAGUUUGCAGAAGUCCCACUCCAGCCCAUCCCUGAACAUGGAUGGGCCUCCUGUUGGCGGGGCCAGAGUGAAGCGGAACAUCUCUGAACGCAGGACCGUUCGCAGAAUCAUCCCGAAGCGCAACAAACACUUGUUAUGAGCAGCUCUCCUGGCUUCUCUGGGGUUGUCCUUGGAUGAAGGGGGAGAAUUGGCAGAGAGCUGUUUGCUCAAGCCCAAGUGAUUAGCAGUUGCCUUGGCUGGGCGCCAUGUUAGGUCUGCAUCAUGGUAAACUCAGCCCCAAGAUUGUGGCCUGCAGGCCCUUUUGGCCUUCUCUAGGUUUCAGCUCUGGAGAUGCUUUUGGGAAAUGCUGUUCAGCUCCUCUGCGGGACUCAACUUGCCUCCCCUUCAAAAUCCUCUCUCUGGCUACUCAGGGCAAAGGGAGGUCUGUGUGCAAUAAAAGAAAGAGAAGGGUGAGGACCCA